AUGCCUCAGGGAUCUCAGUCACUACUCGACCGAUCUUGGCUUCCAAAUGGGGACGCGGUCUCUGAUAUCAAUCACAGUGAGGAAGUCAUAGGAUGCAAAUAUAAGGGUGAAAAAUAUUAUAUGGGCCUCCUACUCAAAGUUGUUCACCGUGAUUUCCUAGAACUUGUCAUCUGCCCUCAUGCUGACAACAUUCGACUCUACCUACAAUCUGAGUGGGGCCAAUCCUUCCUCAAGACAACUGUGGUUAUGUUCUCUAUGCAGUUCUUGCACAUAGAUGAUUGGGCUAUGAUUGUUAGAGGAGACCUUAGUUCAGAGACUGGUCAGGUCAGUGACACAAUUCGAGUGAUACACCCCUUGAAGGAAGAGUUAGAAGUUUCCAAGUACUACCUGGAUCAUUGCCCUCUUAGUCACACCCUGCAAGCACAGCUGCCACCUCAGCAACUUUUUAGGCCUUCCCCUGAUAUUGAUGUCAUUCAAAUUGGGGAUUCCAUAAAUGUGCUUGUUGAGGAGCACAUGGAGAAAUCUGGCAUCAUGUGCUGGCUCUCCAAGAGAGGCAAUUAUCUGUGGUUCCAGGACCGAUUGUUGAAUAUUCCAGUUCCUGUUUUUAUGCAAGACAGUGGUUAUGAUGUCAAGCCUGGAGACGUCAUGAGAGUUGCCCAUGGGCCAGAGUAUCUGACAAAAGGGGUCGUUCAAAGUGUUGACUUUCUAAACGCUCGCUUGACCCUACUCUCUGAGAUUGAUCACUCACUAAUCAAUGUUCCCAUCAGAUUUGUAAUCAAAGUACAGAAUGCCAGCUUAGAUUCCUUCAAAAAAGACAUCAGGCAAGAAGUUUUCAUUAUCGGUGGUGACUGUAAGGGCUACCAAGCCACACUGCAGCAACGCACUACUAUUCAACUCAAGGAUAUUGCCAAUAGGUAUGGGAUGAGGCUGAACGGUGUCAUGCUCAAAGGAACUGAGAUGAUAUGUUUCUGUGAAAUGUGGAGAAACAUCACCCCUCCCCCUGAAAAGGUCCCCUUGUCAGCUUCCACUGUAGAUAUGUCAUCAUCUGUGUGGACCACCUGGACCGACAACUCUGAGGAUGUUGUCACGGCCGGCAAUCCUUCAUCUAGCCUCCCCUCACAGCCUGCUGCAUCUGACCCCUGGAGUGUCAAUAUCAAUGACAUGCUGGAUAGCAUCAAUGCUGGAAGAGAGAAACCAAAAGAGACCCUGAUAGCAUGGUUAAUGAACAAGGAAUUUUCUUUCAAGUUCACUACUUAUCACAUGAUGUUGAAAGUCUCGCCCUCUUUCAUAGGAGGCAGGCUACACAAUCUGUUUUGCCUUCUGAGGCUGCAGCCAGUCCAAGAUUCGCGCGAUUUUUGA